AUGGCUAAUGCUAUACGCAAAAAUCUACUCUCGAUUGUAUGCGGCACUACGCCAUCACUGCAAAUGAUGAUGCAAAACGGAAUGCUCGAUGAUUUCUACGUAGAAGGUCUUGGAUUCCGGGCCGCGGCUAGAGGCGCUACUAGUGAUGUCCUACCCCCCAUACGAGGCCAUUUCGAGUCGUAUACAUACAUCGACAUUUCCCCUGGAUUUUUUGAAAGCGCCCAUCAAAUAUUCAGCAACUAUUCUGACAAAAUGGUCUUUAAGAUCUUUGCCAUUGAAAAGGACGUGUCCAUCCAGGGUUACAAGCGCGGAUCAUAUGAUUUGGUUAUUGCAUCUGACAUCCUCCAUGCGACACAGCGGUUACAAGACACUUACGGAGAUGCCGCAGUCUUCUACGUCUAG